UGUCUAUACACAGAAUGUCUUCAUUCGGCUCAACUCCAAUGAGUAACAAAAAUGCUAUUAGGAGAAAAAAAUCAAUAGCAAAUGAUAGCUUCUACUUUAACAAAACUUUCACAAGCACAAUGAAGAAUUACUUAACCGGAGGAAGAAUAAGCAUGAAGAAAGUCAAUCGAAAGCAGAGCAAAGCUAAGAGGAAUAGGUUGGUGAGCCAGACUAGUAAGCUCAAAAAACCUGAUGUAAAUUCUAUAUGAAUCAAGAAAAACUCCCUCUUCAACAAUGAACGGUGGAUGAAUUUUGACGAUUCAUUCCAAGGCUGGAAUAUGAUUACAGAUCUUGUUUGAAAUACAGAAGGAUUUCAUUUUAAGAAUAUCAUGAAUAAAAUCUCGAUGAAAUAAGCCCAAAAUUAAGUACACUGAGAAGACGACCGCUUCGAUUAAUCCAAAAAGAUUGAAAAGCUCAUACGGAAAGCCAAAAGGAGUUUCUCUUAAUAAUGGUUUAUCGGAAAUGAUCCUUAGUCCUCAUCCUAUUAAUAAUGAGACUGGGAAUACAAGUUUGAUUCCCAUAGAGGAGAAUAUUGAGAAACUUCCGAUCCCCAUCAAGCCUAUGCGUAGAAAGCAUACUCACAGAUCGAAGGCUAUGAGCAUGAGGAGAAACCACGAGGUUCGUCUCCAUAGGCCACAGAGAAGGCACAAAGCAAAAGAAACCGCAACUCAAGUUUUCAAUAAAAUAAUAGAUGAUAUAAAUGCUAAGAAGUCUUUGAGGAAUAGAACAAUUGAACCUCGUAUACGAUCAGGACCAAGAGAUGUAAUGUCGUCUCAAGGCCCCAGAAAUAGAAUGAAAUUAUUAGAACUAGGCAGUCCAAAAAUGAUACUUACUCCUGAAAGGCAAAUGGACCAAAUUUCAAUAGGAAGGAAUCUUGAGGAAUAUAAAGAAACAGUGAUUUCUCAAAUGCGUGAAUGUCAGUCUCCAAUUCAGGUAUUGAAAAUGAGCAAGGUAUUAUGAGCUCCUUUCUUCUCAUACAAUUCUCCUACUCAGAAGUCUGUAACAAAGUAUCUUAGCCCAGUAAGAUAGCUUCCUAAACUACUGAGAUAUUAUUCAAUGCAAGUA